AUGGUGCCUGUUGCUCAUUCCUGAAAAGACAUUCAAGCAUUCUCUUAAACGUGCUACCUUAAAUGUCGGUUUCUGAUUCGAUGUUCUUUACUCUUGAAAAAACAAAGAACUUGUCCUAACUAAUACACAUUUUCCUUUUCCUUCUACGAACCUCAACAUCUAAGCUUUAGCAAUGGCGAACCUUCCUCAAAUCGCAGUUGUUGGAGCCGGGAUCUUCGUCAAAACCCAAUAUAUUCCCAGACUCGCUGAGAUCUCCGAUCUUGUUUUGCUCAAAUACAUCUGGAGCCGAACUGAGGAAUCGGCGAGGGGAGCAAUCGAGUUAGCGAAGAAGCAUUUCCCAGCGGUGGAAUGCAAAUGGGGAGAGGAAGGUCUUCAGGACAUCAUCGGGGACGAUUCCGUUCUCGGUGUUGCCGUCGUUUUGGCUGGCCAAGCUCAGGUUGAUAUGUCAUUGAAGUUGCUUAAAGCAGGGAAGCAUGUCCUCCAAGAGAAACCGGCGGCAUCAAAUAUUGGCGAGAUAGAAAGUGCACUAGCAGGCUAUAACUCUAUUUGUUCCAACCCUGGGCAGCCAAUUUGGGCUGUGGCAGAAAAUUAUCGAUUUGAAACAGCUUUUACAGAGGGCAAGAGAUUAAUGGCAGACAUUGGGGAUAUGAUGAAUGUCCAAGUUAUUGUUGAAGGAUCAAUGGACAGUUCAAACCCUUACUUCUCAAGCUCUUGGAGGCGAAGUCUAAAAGGAGGUUUCAUUGUAGAUAUGGGAGUGCAUUUCACUGCAGGACUAAGGAUGCUUGUUGGAUGUGAGAUUACCUCAGUUUCAGCUAUAACCUCUCAUGUGGAUAAAACUUUACCUCCCCCGGACAUCAUAUCUUCAAACUUUAACUUGGAGAAUGGUUGCUCUGGAGUCUUCGUAUUGGUAGCAUCCUCUAGAUCACCCAAGAUAUUUUGGAGAGUCGUUGGCUUGAAGGGAACAGUACAAGUUGAGCGUCAAAAGCAAGAUGGAAAGCAUGGCUACACGGUUUUAUUCUAUGGUGCUGAUGGGAAAUGCAAUUCUUCAUUCUACCCAUUCUGUGGGGUGAACGAAGAACUAAAAUGUUUUGUACAUGAUAUAUCAAAGGCUACACUUAAGGACCACCCUUACCAAGCUUUCUGAGCAUCACCAAACUCAGCAUUACUAGCAUUAUCUUAUAUUAUACAUCUGGGUUUUUUGAAACCCAGAUCUGGGUUUUCUCAGGCUUGCUGAAUCGGCCUUAGUUUGCUCAUUGCUUCUUAUUUUCUUUGUUGAUUUGCUAGUUAUAAUCAAACAAAUCCAUCAAU